GAGUAAAACACGCUCUCUCACGCUUGUCUCCCAUUGGCUAUUCCGUAAAUAAGGGGCGUGGCCAUAGUGAAGUCUUAUAUUGCAGUUGAGCUGGAAAGGAAAAUCAGUCAAAUUUGAUUCUGGAAAAAAAUACUGAAGAUAGAAAAUACGUUUUCUACCCAAGAGGUCAUUAUUAGGAGAAAACGAUGGAGCUUGUCAUCAAGGACAUAAGUGGAAGAAAGCAGGUUGUGAGUGUGCUGCCGGGUGCCACCAUCGGCAAACUUAAGCAACUCAUCGCCCCUCUCUUUAAGGCAAGAGCGUCAUGCCUGAAGCUUUCAUCCAGCAAUGGGCAGAUCCUUGACAAUCACCAGAAGACCGUGAGUGAUUACGGCCUGAGUUCAGGAUCUGAGGUGAUGCUGCUGAUCUCUGCGACCCCUGUGCCAUUUCAGGUGUUUGUAAGGAAUGAGAAGAGGCAGAUAAAAACAUAUGACGUCACUGACGAUGAAACUGUUGACCAGUUGAUGACAAAAGUCUGCAAUAAGGAAGGAGUACCAGUGGACCAGCAGCGGCUGAUCCACAAUGGCAGACAGCUCCAGUGUGGCAGGAAGCUGCAAGAUUACAACAUUUCUUCUGGAGACACCAUUGAAAUGACCCUCCGUCUGCGUGGAGGCUGAUGGAAUACAAUAUGUGAAGAUGUUUUGUCCUACUGAACACAUUAAGACAAAAUACUCUAUAUGUAAAAAAAAAAUCUAUAAUAAUAAUAAUAAUAUAACUAUAAAAUAAUAAAAAACACCUAUGUUGCAUAUCCAAGAAAUGACAAUUUGAUAGUUCCUUAGUAUGUAUGUAGUGUAUGUAUGUAUGUAUGUAUGUAUUCAUUUAUUUAUUCAUUUACUAUUCAACAGCAUGCAUAACUAUCUUUAAUUCAUAAUAAAUGUUCCUUUUUGUUUAGUACCAAGACCAAAACAUGGGCUUGAGUCUAAGUAGAAAAUAUCUAAAAAAUGAUUAAUUUCCUUUAGGGUUGAAAGUCCAAAAGUAUAGAUAGUAAAAAGAUACAGGUAGUAAUGUGUAUAAACAUGUUAAAAUUGUCAUUUAAUUUGUAUUUCCAAACUGGUUCUUGUAUAAAUGUUGCUUUUCAUCAUAAUUUAUGUAUUUAAUCUAAAAUCUAUCUAU